UAACUUCUUUAUUUGCACGUAGACAAAAGCUACAUGGGUCGUCCAAAAACUACCCCAAGUUUUCGAACAGCCAACAAAAAGGCUAGUGCAAAAGACUUGACAAGUAAUGAAAGAAAACGGAAAAACAAAAAGAUUUAUAACAAAAGCAAAUUCAAAUCAUAUCUGGGAAACUCUAAAGAAGGACAUGGAUUUGCUGCGCUUCAGAAAAGGAAAUUUUUACACAGGUUCAGACGUAAGAUGAAAAAGAAGAAGAAUGAACCAGAAAAAGAAGAUACAAAGGAAUGUGUGAUUAAACCACUGGCACAUGAUACUCUCCGAGAAAGUUUCGCAGAAGAUUCUUCUACGCUUUUAAACAAAACAUGUGACACUAUCGACACUGAUUACAAUGACACUUCACAUCCAGCACACAUAAUUGGUGACAAGCGCAGCAAAUCGUUGAACAAUUUAAAACUUGUUGAAAUUAACUAUCAAAAUAUCGAAGCAGAGAGAAAGCGUAAAUAUGAGGAGUUGAAAGCAAACUUGUCUUUGCACAACGAGCAAGUUUCCAAAAACAUCGCCAAACGGAAGAAGCUUACAAAAAAAUUAUCAAAGAAGACCAAACGAGGACAACCUUUGAUGGUGAAUCGAUUAGAACACUUGCUGGAGAAAAUUAAGUCAAAAUAAGCAUUAUGAUUCGACAAUGAAGACAUGAGUUUUUUGUGGAUAAUAAAUUAAGGCCUGCCUGAAAACAAAUUCACGCGGCGUCAGAUCAACCCAUGAUUGACAUUCUAACCACUGCAUGGUGCUGUUAUAGGCCUGCUCUUGUGUUAUGAUUUUUUAAAUGCUGGUAGUUGCUUUUAAAAUAUUUUUUUGUUGAUUUUUAUAUAUAUUUAUAUUUUAUUUAUACUAAUAUAAUACAGAUUAGGAAAAAAUAAAAACAAAAAUUUUUAUGCUUUUAUUCUAACAGAAUAGAAAAAUCUUACUUAAAACAAA